UUGAACCCACAUCCUCAUGGAUGCUAGUCGGGUUCAUUAAUGGCUGAGCCACGACAGGGAUUCCCCAGGCUGGUAAGAAUUUUGAUAGCAAAAUUGUUUGCAAGUUGUGCCAGUGUAUGUUUAUUUCAAUUCCAGCAUAUGGGAAGAUUUCCAAACCAGGGACAUGAAAGUGAAACCCUCCUACUGGGGGUCUUAGGAAUUGGUGUGUCCUCUCAUAUUGGCCUUUCGAUGAAGGGAAUGGCGAUGACAAGGAAGAGAAAAUUAGGGCAAGAAUGAGAUGGAGGCAGCUUCAUUUUCUGAGAUGAGGGGCUGGGUAGCAUCACUGCCUUUGCCAGUAACCUCAUCCAUCACAACAGAUGGGGUCAGGGAGCCUGGAACUGUGAGGCUGUCCCUAACUCUGCACCAUUGGCACUGAGUCUGGGUGGAAGGACCCAGUGGGGGGCAGCUGGAGCUUCCAGGACAGGAGCUACCUGAAAGAAUAGCGACCUGGCCCCACGGAGCUCCUGUUGUUUUUCCUUCAUCCAGAUGAAGAGACCGAGCUUCAUGGGCGCUUCUCACCUUGGUAAGGACUGAGGGUCCUGGUCUGUUUGAGUCCACAGCCCACAGGCUCUUUUUAUGAAGCGCUGCUGCCCUGGAAACCGUUCAGACCAGCUGUGUAGGUGAUUUUAACAUGUAAAACACUUAUAGAAAAAUAUGACCAUGAUCAUGAUUAAAUCAGGAGCUAUCAGCCCUACAGGUUGCACUGAAUUAAUAGAAAAAAAUUUUCCAUGAAAGUUGUUCCAAGCAGUUACUCCAAAGAAAUGAGUUUUGGGUUGCACCUUGAAGAGUGAGGAGGAUCUGUUUUGGUGAUAAGUGAAUUUUUGCCUUCUUCCCCCAAAUGGCUCAAGAUGCAGGGCCUUCUAACAGGGAACGGCAGGCUGAUCCUCCCUUGAGAGGGCUGGGGAGCAGUCACAUCACCAUCAGCUGGAAGAGUGUCUCCUGGUGAUGGAUCUCCAACCUGCUUAAGGGCUUAGAGAGACCCUCUAGUCACACUGGUCAGCCUGGGAGUUGCAAGGCCACACAUGUCCUCUGUCCUGAGCACCCUUGUGGGUUCUGACCUUCCCCUCCAAGCGCCCCUCUCAGCAAGGCUAACCAGAGCCACCCUAUAACCUUGUGCCCAGAAGGCCCUGUGUUCCAGCAGGAAGCAUGACUCUGAUGGAUAAGAACUCAUGUGGAGACUGCUCCCAGAAUUCCGUCAUUGCAUCCAGGGAGGACCCAAAGCUCCUGUUGACACCUGCAACUUAGACUGCACUCUAGAAGCUCAACCCAAAUAUGUUAGAGGUGGGAAGCGCUAUGGACGGAGAUCCUUACCUGAGUUUCAAGAAUCCGUGGAAGAGUUUGCAGAGGUGACAGUGAUUGAGCCACUAGAUGAGGAAGCACGGCCUUCACACAUCCCAGCCAGCGACCGAAGUGAGCACUGGAAGACGCAGCGCAGCGAAGAGUAUGAAGCAGAAGGUCAGUUAAGAUUUUGGAACCCAGAUGAUUUAAAUGCCUCACAAAGUGGGUCUUCCCCUCCCCAAGACUGGAUAGAAGAGAAACUACAGGAGGUUUGUGAAGAUUUGGGGAUUACCCGUGAUGGUCACCUGAACCGAAAGAAGCUGGUCUCCAUCUGCGAGCAGUAUGGUUUACAGAAUGUCGAUGGAGAGAUGCUUGAAGAAGUUUUCCAUAAUCUUGAUCCCGAUGGUACAAUGAGUGUAGAAGAUUUUUUCUAUGGCUUAUUCAAAAACGGAAAGUCCCUUACACCUUCAGCAUCUACCCCAUACAGACAAUUGAAAAGGCACCUCUCUAUGCAGUCUUUCGAUGAGAGUGGACGACGGACCACAACCCCAUCUGCAAUGAUGAGUACCAUUGGCUUUCGGGUCUUCUCCUGCCUGGAUGAUGGGAUGGGCUAUGCAUCAGUGGAGAGAAUACUUGACACCUGGCAAGAAGAGGGCAUUGAGAACAGCCAGGAGAUCCUGAAGGCCUUGGAUUUCAGCCUUGAUGGAAAUGUCAACUUGACAGAAUUGACGCUGGCUCUUGAAAAUGAGCUUUUGGUUACCAAGAACAACAUUCACCAGGCGGCUCUGGCCAGCUUUAAGGCUGAGAUCCGGCAUUUGCUGGAGCGAGUUGAUCAAGUGGUCAGAGAAAAAGAGAAGCUACGGUCAGAUCUGGACAAAGCUGAGAAGCUCAAGUCUCUAAUGGCCUCAGAGGUGGAUGAUCACCAUGCAGCCAUAGAGCGGCGGAAUGAGUACAACCUCAGGAAACUGGAUGAAGAGUACAAGGAGCGAAUAGCGGCCUUAAAGAAUGAGCUGCGAAAGGAGAGAGAGCAGAUUCUGCAACAGGUGGGCAAGCAGCGUUUGGAACUUGAACAGGAAAUUGAAAAAGCAAAAACAGAAGAAAAUUACAUCCGGGACCGCCUUGCCCUCUCUUUAAAGGAAAACAGUCGUCUAGAAAACGAGCUUCUGGAAAAUGCAGAGAAGUUGGCAGAGUAUGAGAAUCUGACAAACAAACUUCAGCGAAAUUUGGAAAAUGUUUUGGCAGAAAAGUUUGGUGAUCUUGAUCCCAGCAGUGCUGAAUUCUUUUUGCAAGAAGAAAGGCUGACACAGAUGAAAAAUGAGUAUGAGCAGCAGUGCAGGCUAUUACAAGACCAAGUAGAUGAACUCCAGUCUGAACUGGAAGAAUAUCGUACACAAGGCAAAGUGUUCAGACUUCCCUUGAAGAACUCACUGUCAGAAGAACUUGAUAUUAACAGUGGUUGUAUUGAGCCUGACCAGGUGCCAGUUGUGUUAUUGAAAGAACCUGCUCGCAAGGUCAACAGAUCCCAUGUGUUUUCAGGGCUUGGUUCUGAAGAAUGCAAUCCAUUGAAUAUGAGCAUCGAGGCAGAACUGGUCAUCGAACAGAUGAAAGAACAACAUCACAGGGACUUGUGUCACCUAAGACUGGAGCUUGAAGAUAAAGUGCACCAUUACGAAAAACAGCUAGAUGAAACCAAGCUCGCCUGUAAAAAGGAGCAGGAGAACAUGAAGCAAAAGUAUGAGAAUGAAGUGCACAUCUUGGAAGAACAAAUAAACGACCUUAAAAGUGAAAUUGCAGAACUUCAGGGCCAGACUAUGGUACUCAAGGAGACACAACAUACAACUGUCUGUAGACACGAGGAGGAGAAAAAACAAUUGCAAAUGAAGUGGGAGGAGGAAAAGGCUCUCCUACAGGAGGAGCUGAGGCUGAAACAUGAGCUGGAGCUCAAGGCUAAGCUGGAGCAGGUGGAAGAAAGCUUUAAUGGAGAAAGGGAAAAACUCAUUCAAAAUGGGACCUGGACAGAUGAGAAGGUGAGAAACUUGACUCAGGAACUAGAACAAGUUCACCAGGAACAACUGAAAAGCCUGGUGGAGAAGCACAAUCUUGAGAAAGAGGAAUUGCAAAAAGAGCUCUUGGAAAAAUACCAAAGCGAACUACAAGAGGGAAGGGAAAAAAUGGAAACUGAGUGUAAUAGAAGAACCUCUCAGAUAGAAGCCCAGUUUCAGGCUGAUUGUCAGAAAGUCACUGAGAGAUGUGAAAAUGCCCUGCGAAGUCUGGAGGGGCACUACCGCCAAGAGCUGAAAGAGCUCCUGGAACAACAACACGAGGAGAGAUCCCAAUGGGAGUUUGAGAAGGACGAGCUCACUCAGGAGUGUGCAGAAGCCCAGGAGCAGCUUAAAGUGGCUCUCCAAAGAGAGAAAGCAGCUUCUCUGGUCCUGACCCAGGAGAGAGAGAUGCUAGAGAAAACAUACAAAGAACAUCUGAACAGCAUGGUUGUUGAGAGAGAGCGGCUACUCAAAGACCUAGAAGAUCUAAGAAGUGUGUCUGAAAGUCAGCAAAGUCUACUGUCCAACCAGAUACUUGAGCUAAAGAGCAGUCAUGAAAGAGAGCUAAAAGCCCAUGAGCAGGUCCUGUGCCAGGCAGGUGCCUCCGAGCAGCAGGCCAGCCAGAGGCUUGAAAGGCUAGAAAUGGAACGUGACCAGGAGAGGCAGGAAAUGAUGUCCAAGCUUCUGGCCAUGGAGAGCAUCCACAAAACCACCUGUGAGAAAGCAGAUCAAGAGAGGGCUCAGAUGAGCGUAGAAAUCUCCAGGCUCCAGAAUAAAAUUAAGGAAAUGGAGCAGGUGGCAUCCCCUCCCUCCAGGCUUCAGAAUGGCUGCCAGGCAAUGGAAGGGGAGGAGGCAGAAGGAAGUGGAGCCAUGUCCCUGCUCCAGCAAGGAGAGCAGCUGUUAGAGGAGAAUGGAGAUGUCCUCUUAAGCCUGCAAAGAGCUCAUGAACGAGCAGUGAAGGAAAAUGUGAAAAUGGCUGCUGAAAUUUCUAGGUUGCAACAGAGGCUGCAGAAAUUAGAGCCAGAGUCAAUAAUGUCUACUUGUUUAGAUGAGCCAACUACUGGGUUUUUUCAAAAUUCUGUGGAACAAACAGAGCCAAUUUUACUGCACAACCAAGUGAGCCACGUAGAAGGUGGGACCAUGAAGCACGUCCCAAGUGACCAGCAAGGCAGUGAAAUCCAGGACCUAGAAAGUACAGAGACGAGCUCUGGUCAGAGACAGGAGGUCAGAAUAGAGGAGUCAGAAGCAUCAAUAGAGAGUUUUUCCGAGCUCGAAAAUAGCGAGGAGACCAGGACUGAGACCUGGGAACUGAAGAAUCAGAUUGGCCAGCUUCAGAAACAGCUAAUGACCUUACGUGCAGACUGCGAUCGAGCUUCUGAAAAGAAACAGGACCUACUUUUUGAUGUUUCUGUGCUAAAGAAGAAAUUAAAGAUGCUUGAAAGACUCCCUGAAGCUUCUCCCAGGUAUAAAUUGUUAUAUGAAGAUGCCAGCAGAGAAAAUGAGUGUCUUCAGGAAGAGCUGAGAGUGAUGGAGACACGCUAUGAUGAAGCACUAGAAAAUAACAAAGAACUCACUUCAGAAAUGUUCAGAUUACAGGAUGAGCUUAAGAAAAUUGAAGAAGUGACUGAAACAUUCCUUAGCCUGGAAAAGAGUUAUGAUGAGGUCAAAAGAGAAAAUGAGGAACUGCACAUUCUGGUUUUAAGACUUCAAGGCAAGAUUGAGAAGCUGCAAGAAAGAGCAGUGCUGCAGUGUGACUGCUUUUCCGUAUGGGAAACCCGUUUAGAUAACCUGGAAGUCUUACCUGAUGAAAAGGUCCUUGAACUCGAUCAGACACUGAAGGAGCAUAGGCCAAAGCUUAUGAAUGUGCACCACUUUAUAGGAGAACAUUAUCAAGAAAACCAGGGCCUUGAGCAGGAGAAUACGCAGCUCUUAGAAAAAAUAAAAGCACACGAAAUUGCCUGGCUACAUGGAACACUCCAUAUGCAUCAAGAAAAGCCUGGAGUACAGAACCAAGUUAUCCUGGAAGAAAACACUGCUCUCCUCAGCCUUCAAGACAAACAUUUUCAGCGCCAGGCCACAAUCGCAGAGUUAGAACUAGAGAAAAAAAAGCUGCAGGAGCUGACUAGAAAGUUGAGGGAAAGAGUCACUGCUUUAGUUAAGCAAAAAGAUGUACUUGCUCAAGGAGAAAAGGAGGAAGAGCUGAAGGCAAUGAUGCAUGACUUGCAAAUCACGUGCAGUGAGAUGCAGCAAAAAGUUGAGCUUCUGAGAUAUGAAUCUGAGAAGCUUCAAGAGGAAAAUUCUAUUUUGAGAAAUGAAAUUACUACUCUAAAUGAAGAAGACAGCAUUUCUAACCUGCAAUUAGGAAAAUUAAAUGGAUCUCAGGAAGAAAUACGCCAAAAAAUAGAAACCGUAAAACAAGAAAAAGCUGCAGUUCAGAAGAUAGUUGAAAGUUUAAAGAAACAGAUUUCAGAAUUAAAAACCAAAAACCAACAGUUGGAUCUGGAAAAUACAGAGCUUAGCCAAAAGAAUUCUCAAAAUCAGAAAGAACUGCAAGAACUUAAGCAACGUUUGGCAGAAAUGCUAUGCCAGAAGGAUAAAGAGCCAGGACACAGUACAUAUGAGGAAUGGGAACAAGAAAAGUCUAAUCUGGAAGAAGAACUGGAACGCUGUAAAGUGAAGUCCUCCACUCUCGUGUCUUCUCUGGAGGCAGAACUUUCUGAAGUUAAAAUACAGACUCAUAUUGUGGAACAGGAAAACCUCCUUCUCAAAGAUGAACUGGAGAAAAUGAAACAACUGCACAGAUGUCCUGAUCUCUCUGACUUCCAGCAAAAAGUUUCUAGUGUUCUAAGCUACAAUGAAAAACUGCUUAAAGAAAAGGAAGCACUAAGUGAAGAAUUAAAUAUCUGUGUUGAUAAGUUGGCAAAAUCAAGUCUUUUAGAGCACAGAAUUGCUGCUAUGAAGCAAGAACAGAAGUCUUGGGAACACCAGAAUGAAAGCUUAAAGUCACAGCUAGUGGCUUCACAGGAAAAGGUUCAGAAUUUAGAAGACACCCUGCAGAAUGUAAACCUGCAAAUGUCCCAGAUUAAAUCUGACCUACGUGUGACUCAGCAGGAAAAGGAAGCUUUAAAACAAGAAGUAAUGUCUUUACACAAGCAGCUUCAGAAUGCUGGUGACAAGAACUGGGCCCCCGAAGUAGCUACCCACCCAUCAGGAUUCCCUAACCAACAGCAAAGGCUGUCCUGGGACAAGUUGGAUCAACUGAUGAAUGAGGAACAACAGCUGCUUUGGCAAGAGAAUGAGAGACUCCAGACCGUGGUACAGAACACCAAAGCAGAACUCAUUCACUCCCGGGAGAAGGUACGUCAACUGGAAUCCAACCUUCUUCUUCCUAAGCACCAAAAACAUCUAAGCUCAUCAGGUACCAUGAAGCCCCCAGAGCAAGAGAAGUUGAGCCUAAAGAGAGAAUGUGAACAGGUUCAAAAGGAACGAUCUCCUACUAAUAGGAAGGUUAGUCAGAUGAAUUCCCUUGAACGAGAAUUAGAAACAAUUCAUUUAGAAAAUGAAGGCCUGAAAAAGAAACAAGUAAAACUGGAUGAGCAGCUAAUGGAGAUGCAGCAUCUGAGGUCCACUAUGUUUAGCCCCUCCCCUCAUGCUUGGGAUCUGCAGUUGCUCCAGCAGCAAGCUUGUCCGAUGGUUCCCAGGGAGCAGUUUCUGCAGCUUCAACACCAGCUGCUGCAGGCAGAAAGGAUAAACCAGUGCCUGCAGGAGGAACUUGAACACAGGACUUCCGAAACCAACACACCACAGGAAAACCAGGAACACCUGGUAACUGUGAUGGAGGAAAGAAUGAUGGAAGUUGAACAGAAAUUGAAACUGGUGAAAAGGCUUCUUCAGGAGAAAGUGAAUCAGCUCAAAGAACAACUCUGCAAGAAUACUAAAGCAGAUGCAAUGGUGAAGGAUUUGUAUGUUGAAAAUGCCCAGUUAUUAAAAGCUCUGGAAAUGACUGAACAGCGACAAAAAACAGCAGAGAAGAAAAAUUACCUCCUAGAAGAGAAGAUUGCCAGCCUCAGUAACAUAGUCAGGAAUCUGACACCAGCACCACUGACUUCUACACCUCCCUUGAGGUCAUAGCCAAGCCAAAGAAAAACUCAUAGUUGUGCACUUUACUGACAUGAAUGAAACAUUUCAGUUUGUUCUCUCAACCUUUUUUAAAAAACAAAACAAAACCUUUGAUGGCUUAAAGUUAAUAAGCCUAACCUAAAACAUGUAGCAACAUAAUUAAAAUCUUAAUUUAUUGUAAUUAGGUUUUCGAAAUAGACUGUAAUGGGUAUUGCAAACAAAUACAUAUUUUGCUGUCUAAAUUAUUCCCUACUUCGAUUUAAAAAAAAAAUUCUAACAGCCACCAAGAAGGUAAUGGGAAAACAACUCAAGACUCUCUGGCCUGGAAACUUCCUCAUGCCAUGGGCAUGGCCAUAAUACAAAACAAAACAGCAACAAAAAAAAUAUUAAAACCCCAAUUUUGAAUGAGUUUAAAAAAUCGUUAUUAUAUAUGUUUAUAUGUAAAUUGCAGAUAUUUUAAAUUUGAGAUAUUAUGAGUUUUUAUUUUUAUUUUAAAACCAAAUGCAUGUUUUCUUACACAUUUAAAUAUGGAAAAGUCAUUCUGUUUGUAACGGGUUUGGGUUUUUGAACUAAUUGGUAGACUUACUGUUCAGUAGCAGAAGCUGGACUCGGUAGCCACUGAGGUCAGAGAAGCCUUAGAGUCCUUAGAACUCUAUCUUCUACACCUGUGACAGUAUUAUGACUCUUGAUGUAUCACAGAUUUAAAACUGAUUUACUCAACUACACUGCUACCUAAUGCUACCUAUUACUCUCUUUAAACAGUUGUGGGUUUUUUUGUUUGUUUUUUGUCCUUCUUAGAAGUUUCAUUUUGGAGCUUGUUUAAGGAAUGGAUAAAGCCACAUUUGAACUAUAGGGUAAGCACUGAACAAACUGUUUUGGAGUAAACAGCUACUCUUAGAAAAGAAAGAGAAGCAGAUUCUCUUAAAGACUUGGAGUUCAUGAACUUAUAUUUGGGGUUGCCUCAAGAACUCAGGGAAUAAUACUUUAAGCCGUUUUUCUCAAAUAUCGUAGGGCCUCUUUAAGAAUUUGAAACAUAUAAAUUAUGUGACCUUAUUUAUUUGUCUUACAUUUAGAGCCAUAGUGGGAUUUUUAUUUCUACCUUUUUAGUGAAUUUUACCUUCUGAAAAAAGGCCUUAAUUUUAGAGUUAAAGACUUCUAACAUAAGGAAGACUUAUUUGCUAGUUUGUUUGAUCUAGGUCAAAAUGUCUAUGCUUCCUCUUCCUCUGCACGGCAAAUCCUGAUCUUAAGAAUUUCUUACUGUGAUAAGAAUUGGCAUGCCAUCUGAGGUAAAGGAGUGCCAAACAGGAUUUUCCAUUCAGUCUCAAGACUAGAUAGAGCAUUAUAGAAUAGUAAACAUUUUGGAUAACUUCCCUCCCCCCAAGUAAAAUCUCUGCUGCUAGCAUAUUUCAGCCUGUGGGUAGAGUACUUACUAUGUGUGGGACACAAAGCUCAUCACAGCCACCUGUUUGCUUUUGUGGAAGAGUAAUUAGAUCAGAAAAUACACUUUGAUUAAUUCAAGAAAAGCCAAGUCCAUUGAGUUUUAAGAGGUAAGACAACAAAAUCAAACACUGCUUUAUGGGCAGGAACAAAAGAUGAAGCAAAUUGCUUAAGAGAACAUGUCAGGAGUUCCUGCUAUGGUGCAGUGGGUUAAGAAUCCGACUUGCAGGGAGAUCUCAAUGUGGCUCAGCGGGUUGAGGACCUGAUGUAAUCUCUGUGAGGAUGUGAGUUCCAAUCCCUGGCCUUGCUCAGUGGGUUAAGGAUAAGGAUCCUAUAUUGCUGCAAGCUGCAGUGCAGGUCAUAGAUGCUGCUUGAUCUGGUAUUGCUAUGGCUGUGGCCUAGGCCCGCAGCUGCAGCUCCAAUUCAACCCCUAGCUUGGGAAAUUCCAUAUCCCACAGAUGACCAUUAAAAAAAAAAAAAAAAAUCUGACUGCAGUGGCUUAGGUCACCAUGAAAGCCUGGGUUUGAGCCGACCUGGUGCAGGGUUCAUGCAGCUGUGGCUCAGAUUCAAUCCCAAGCCUUGGAACUUCCAUAUACCACGAGUAAGACCAUUAAAAAAAAAAAAAAUCAUGUCAGAAACUUAAUUUCAACAAGAUAAUUUGCAUUAAGGAACUUUAUGGAGUUCCUUGGGCUUUACCAUUUACUAUUAGUCCACGUGCCAACACAGGAAUUCUUGCUACAGCAAGCCCUGAGAAGGCAAGCUCAUUUGUGGGAACAGAGAAGUUCACACUCAAGAAGCAGACUUUUUCAUUUUUGGACAGCUCUAUUGUCAAAAUUUCUUGUUUUCCUCUGGAAAAUAAUAUAUUUUAAUCCUUCCCUAUAAUUACACUUCAAAACAUUUGAUACUUGCAAUCAUGCACUCCCUUAUCUAUCUUUUCCAGUGCAAACAUUACUAGUAAACUCAACUACUUUUAUGGCAUUGACUUUAACACUUAAAACAGUGGAUAGGCCUAGGUAUAUUUAUGUGAUAUGCUUUAAGGUUUUUGCCAUAGAACUGAACACCAAGUAUAUUUCUCAAAUAGAUGGCUUGGCAUAUGAAUUUCUUUUUAUUUUUUACAUUAUGAAUAGUAUAGGUUAAUUUGUUUAUUUCUUAUAAAUCUGUAUUUAUGUGUAUAUAAAAUGCUGUACAAUGAAAUGUAAAUAUGACUUCUGGAAAGUUUUAGACUACAUUUAGAAUCCCUUUAUCCAAAAUCAAAAUGCUGCUCAGAUGAAAGUUAACUAACGUCUAGGUGCUUACUUCUUGCUUUACUGCAAGCCUAAGAUUAGGAAGAAAAAAAUCAACAUGUGAAAUAUAUAAUUACCUUAAUUUUAUAUAUUUGUGCAGCAGAUUAUUUUUGUAGACUAGAGUGGGAAUUUAACUGGCAGUUUAUAAUAUAGCUUAUAGCUUUUAAAAGACCUUUUAAAGAGAUUAGACUAUUAAAUGCUUAGAUUUGCUUUCAGACUUUUAAGGGAACUCUUUAAAGUCAUAUAAUGUAUUAUUUUAUUGGCAUUUAGCUUCUUGUUUAUGAAAAGUCUGGUUGUUAAAUUCUCUUGAUUUCUUAAGAACAGUUACUUAAAUUAGGCUUAGAAUAUAGGAUCUUUAUUUCAACCAAACAGAAUCAAAUUUGCCUUUGUAGGAGUUCCCAUUGUGGUGCAGCAGAAAUGAAUCUGAUUAGGAACCAUGAGGUUGCAGGUUUGAUCCCUGGCCUUGCUCAGUGGGUUAAGGAUCCAGCAUUGCUGUGAGCUGUGGUUGCAGACGUGGCUUGGAUCUGGCGUGGCUGUGGCGUAGGCCAACAGCUGUAGCUCCGACUGGAUCCCUAGCCUGGGAACCUCCAUAUGCCAUGGCUGCGGCCCUAAAAAGCAAAAAAAAUCAAAAUUUAAAUUUGCCUUUGUAAUAAUUUGUUACCCUUAGAAAAGGAAAAUUUGGAUAAUAAAACUUAGAUUGUUCUAUUUGCUUUCUUCUGCUUUUCAGAAGCCUGAACUCUUAAGCUCACAUUUGUAAAAGGAGAGAAGUAGGAGGGGAGGGGUAGAACCAACCACAGUAUUUUAUUUAUUUUUUUAAGACUUACUAAACCCAGAUUUUAAAACUAUUUUACAUGUCAAUUCUUCCCAGAAGCUUCAAAUGCAUUGUAUAUAUUAACCUUAAACAUAUUUUACAUAAAAUAGGUCACAAAGUUAUAUAGGCUUUCAGGCUUUAGGUUUAGUUCUCAAUAAUAUACCAAUAUAUUUCAAUAAUAUACCAAUACCCAGAGCAGGUAUUAUAAUGAGGAACUUAUAUUUUCUGAAGAAUGAAAAAGACUUUAUGGUGGACUUUAACAUGUGAAAAUGAAUUUUUUUUUAAUUUUUGUGAUUUAUUUUUUUCUGAAAGAAGGAAAAGAGAGACAUGUUGCAAUCAUCAGCAUCUUAAAGGUAUUCCCACUCAAGCCAAGGCUAAGUGCUUCAUGACAGUAUUAAGCAAGUCUUGUUUUGAAUGGAUUACCUAAUGACUCACUGGAAUGAUAUAAUUAACUACAGAAGUAAUGCCAAAACUAAGUCAAAACCUGAUAACCAAAGUAUCCCUCAUUAUAUCAUAUUUGGACCUAUCUGAACAUCUCAGCACUGCAAAAUAGUUUUGGUUUAUGACAUAUGGAUAGCUAUUUAAUAGUAAACCCAAGUUAGCUUUUUGUUUGUCAGGUUUUUUUUUAAAUGAUGUAAGUUAAAUCUGUCCUUAUGGGAAGACAUUAUCACAGCAUGAUUUAAGAGAACAUUGGUUUUGUGAAGGAAAACUGAGUUCAUCUAAAGCCACUGCUAGGAUUCUUUUUAUAUAAAGAUUAAUGUGUAUGUGUUUAUAUUGACUUUGUGUAUUUCAUCUUAGCUAUACUAUCUUAGAAAGAUUUUACCAUGAGCCUAAGAUGUAAAUAAAUGAUUUUGAAAACA